GGGCGGAGUGAGAGAUUACUCUCAGCCACAUUGCUCGAGGCGAGCUGGGCUGUGAACGGGGUUCGGGAGGGGGUUUCUGGGCGCUCGACUAGUAGCGGGAGUAGGAAGGGCUUUGUCUGUGGCCUUCCCUACAUAGGUAUUUUGGAAUUCUGGAUCCUACUCUGAGCCUCAGCCGUGGUAACUACUGUUAGUUCACCGCCUUGCGUCCCAGGUGCUGAGCAAAUUGGCCGCGGGCGGGGAGGAGUACUGGCCUCUUACCCCUCGAGAUCUUACCGCCUAUAUUUGGACCGGGUCACGUUUUAUUAAGGGGGUUGGGGAUCUCCAUGGAUGAGUAGCAGAUGGGCAGGACUUCAACUGGAGAGAAAGGAGAGAAUAAAUUAGAAUGGCCAUUCUGAGUCAAGAGAACUGCUUGAGCAAGGAGGGGAUUGCUUGAUACAUUUGUUCAGCAGAGUGUAUUAGGAGCUAAGCCAUGAAAGGUAAGUGGGUACGUGUGGUAGAGGGUUUUGAGUACCAGGCGGAGGACUUUUAACCUAAUUCAGGGGUCUUUUGAGAACCAACCAUUGGAGGUGUUGGAGUAGGGUGUGUGAUAGGAUUGAAGCAGAUCCUUAUGAAGAGCUGAAUCUCUGGCAGUUUGGUGAAGCAGGAGAUGAAGACCCAUUAAGAUGCAGUUUCAAGAAUUAAACAUCAUCUUAGAGACAGUUUAGGUGGGAGGUAAUAAAGGAAACUGAACAUGUUAAGAAGAUAUUUAAGGGAUGUUACUCAUGGUAAUAAAGCAUGGGGUUACUGACUGGUCAGCGGAAGAGAACAUCUUCAUCCCGUGCUAACUCUGGCCACUGGGCCCCUUCCCAUCUCAGCUGGUCCCAGGACCACCAAAUUUUUGUCCAUCCAUUCCCCUGAUGUUAAGUUGGUGACAUUGUUCUCUCAGUUCUUAGGGAUCUUCAAAGUCCUCUGGCAGGAAACUGAGGUAUGAACAGGAUAAUGAAGGACAGAAUAGAAUGAGGGGCCUGGAGUUUUGGUCCUUGCAUUCCAGCACCACUCCCACCCACAAAGAGAAGACAUUGAAUUUCACUGAAGUGCUGACCUGCCCUUUCUGCUCCUAGCUUCUGCAGGAGGGAGGGGACCAAUGUACGGAGGAAUUGUGGGGUUCAGUUUCUAAACUAAUCUUGUAUGUUGUCCCAUCCCCUUUAUUCCCUACCUCCAGGUUUUGAAAAUGAUUCAGGGCCUCUAAGGUUUGGUGUUUCCCUUUCAAGAUGCCCCUCUCAGACUUUGUUCUGGCCCUGAAGGACAAUCCCUAUUUUGGGGCUGGAUUUGGGUUAGUGGGUGUGGGCACAGCCCUGGCCCUGGCCCGGAAGGGCGCCCAACUGGGUCUGGUGGCAUUUCGGCGCCAUUACAUGAUCACACUGGAAGUCCCUGCUCGAGACAGGAGCUAUGCCUGGUUGCUUACCUGGCUCACCCGUCACAGUACCCGUACUCAGCACCUCAGUGUUGAGACUUCGUACCUUCAGCAUGAGAGUGGCCGCAUCUCCACUAAGUUUGAAUUUGUCCCAAGCCCUGGAAACCACUUUAUCUGGUAUCAGGGGAAAUGGAUCCGAGUGGAAAGAAGCCGAGAGAUGCAGAUGAUAGACCUGCAGACAGGGACUCCGUGGGAAUCUGUCACUUUCACAGCUCUGGGCACUGACCGAAAGGUUUUCUUCAACAUCCUGGAGGAAGCUCGAGAGCUAGCCUUGCAACAAGAGGAAGGGAAAACGGUGAUGUACACAGCCAUGGGCUCUGAAUGGCGUACCUUUGGCUAUCCACGCCGCCGCCGGCCGCUGAGUUCUGUGGUUCUAGAACAGGGUCUGGCUGACCGAAUUGUCAGAGACAUCCAGGAAUUCAUUGAUAACCCCAAAUGGUACACUGACAGAGGCAUUCCCUACAGACGUGGCUACCUGCUUUAUGGGCCCCCUGGUUGUGGAAAAAGCAGUUUUAUCACAGCCCUGGCCGGGGAACUGGAGCACAGCAUCUGCUUGCUGAGUCUCACGGACUCCAGCCUCUCAGAUGACCGGCUCAACCACCUGCUGAGCAUGGCCCCGCAGCAGAGCCUGGUGCUCCUGGAGGACGUGGAUGCUGCCUUUCUCAGUCGAGACCUGGCUGCAGAGAACCCAGUGAAAUACCAAGGUCUAGGCCGUCUCACCUUCAGUGGAUUGCUUAAUGCUUUGGAUGGUGUAGCUUCCACUGAGGCACGCAUUGUAUUCAUGACCACCAACCAUGUUGACAGGCUGGAUCCUGCUCUGAUACGUCCCGGGCGAGUAGACCUGAAGGAGUACGUGGGCUACUGCUCACACUGGCAGCUGACCCAGAUGUUCCAGAGGUUCUAUCCUGGGCAAGCAUCUUCCUUGGCUGAGGCCUUUGCAGAACGUGUCCUUCAAGCUAGAACUCAGAUCAGUCCUGCCCAGGUACAGGGCUACUUCAUGCUGUACAAAAAUGACCCUGCAGGGGCAAUUCACAAUGCUGAGUCUCUGAGGUGACAACCAAGCUGUACUCAGCUGUCCUCUAGGAGAUCAAUAAAACACCUGCCACACUA